AUGUCGAUCCAGGCAGCAAAUUCUGUCUAGUGUUUGGUUGGGGAGAAGGCAGAGACUGAAGACAGGAACUCGACAAUCCUACAGCUGAGAGGAGGGGUUCUGGGUGGUGGUACUGCCCCCUGUGCAGCCACAGUCCCUCCGGGCACCAUGCGGAUCACUGCUGGCUGCUGGGUGCUCGGACGCCUCUGGCUCGCCCCGCCGGUCCGGCGCCUGCACGCGGAUCCCCGGCUCCUGGCACCCCUGGCCCUUGCUGACUUUGAAGCCAUAAACCGCGGAGAGAGGCCAUUGCCCGAGAGCUUUAACUUUGCUGGGGAUGUGCUGGACCAGUGGUCCCAGAAGGAACAGACAGGAGAGAGACCGGCCAGCCCCGCCCUGUGGUGGGUGAAUGGCAAAGGGGGCGAGGUGAAGUGGAGCUUCGGGGAGCUGGGCACCCUGUCCCGAAAGGCCGCCAACGUGCUCACCCAGCCUUGCGGCCUUGCGAGAGGCGACCGAGUGGCGGUCAUUCUGCCCCGAGUCCCGGAGUGGUGGCUGGUCAACGUGGCUUGUAUGCGAACAGGGCUUGUCUUCAUGCCGGGCACCACGCAGCUGACCGCCAAGGACAUCCUCUACCGGCUGCGGGCCUCUAAGGCCAAGGGCCUGGUGGCCAGUGAGGAGGUGGCCCCAGCAGUGGAGUCCAUCGUGUCCGAGUGUCCUGACUUGAGGACCAAGCUCCUGGUGUCUCCGCGCAGCCGGCCGGGGUGGCUCAGCUUCCAGGAGUUAUUUCAAUGCGCUUCCGCAGAGCACAGCUGUGUGGAGACGGGCAGCCGGGAGCCGGCGGCCAUCUACUUCACCAGCGGGACCUCGGGCUCGCCCAAGAUGGCCCAGCACUCCCACAGCAGCCUGGGCAUCGGGUACACUCUCUGUGGAAGGUACUGGCUGGACCUGGAGUCCUCGGAUACCAUAUGGAACAUGUCCGACACUGGCUGGAUCAAGGCCGCCAUUGGCAGCGUGUUCUCUCCGUGGCUGCAGGGAGCCUGUGUCUUUGUGCAUCAGAUGGCCCAGUUUGACACUGACACCUUCCUAGAUACGCUCACCACUUACCCCAUCACCACCUUGUGCUGCGCGCCCACUGUGUACCGGAUGCUCGUGCAGAAAGACCUUAAGAGAUACAAAUUCCUGAAGCUGCGACACUGCUUGACGGGAGGGGAGCCCCUCAACGCAGAGGUGCGGGAGCAGUGGAAGAGGCAGACGGGGCUGGACCUGCACGAGGGCUACGGACAGACGGAAGUGGGCAUCAUUUGUGCCAAUCUGAAAGGACAGGAAAUUAAACCGGGCUCGAUGGGGAAGGGAGUCCUGCCCUAUGAUGUCCAGAUUAUAGAUGAAAAUGGCAACAUCCUGCCGACAGGCCAGGAAGGAGACAUUGCCCUGGCGCUGAAGCCUCCCCGGCCCUUCUCUUUCUUCUCAGAAUAUGUGGACAAUCCAGGGAAAACCGCCGCCACGAUAAGAGGGAAUUUUUAUGUCACUGGAGACAGAGGCGUGAUGGACAGCGACGGGUACUUCUGGUUUGUUGGCAGAGCUGAUGACGUCAUCAUAUCCUCCGGGUACCGCAUCGGGCCCUUCGAAGUGGAGAGCGCGCUGAUUGAGCACCCAGCAGUUGUGGAGUCGGCCGUGGUCAGCAGUCCAGACCCCAUCAGGGGAGAGGUAGUGAAAGCUUUUGUUGUCUUAUCUGUGCCCUUCAAAUCAUCUGACCCAGAGAAAUUAACUCUUGAACUUCAAGAGCAUGUGAAAAAAAUAACUGCACCGUACAAAUAUCCAAGAAAGGUGGAGUUUGUUGAACAGCUCCCGAAGACCAUCACGGGGAAAAUCAAGCGCAAUGUCUUAAGAGACCAGGAGUGGGGACGGACAUAG